GCAGGAGGAGGAGGAGGAAGAGGAGGAGGAGGAGGAGGAGGCGAGCAUCCUUCAUGAUUCUGCAUUAAAGCCGCACUCUAUAUCAACAAACCCCGGGCCUUCACGGAUCCAGCCGCAGCUCUGCGUGAACACCACACACUCAAUCAUGGAUAAUUCCGGGAAAGAGAAGGAAGCCAUGCAGCUGAUGGCAGAGGCGGACAAAAAAGUCAAAUCAUCGGGUUCAUUUCUCGGAGGGAUGUUCGGGGGAAAUCAUAAGGUUGAGGAUGCAUGUGAAAUGUAUGCCAGAGCUGCCAACAUGUUCAAGAUGGCCAAAAACUGGAGUGCUGCAGGCAGUGCUUUCUGCCAAGCUGCAAGACUUCACAUGCAGAUGCAGAACAAACUGGACUCGGCCACCAGCUUUGUUGAUGCUGGAAAUGCUUAUAAGAAGGCAGAUCCUCAAGAGGCUAUCAACUGUUUAAACGCAGCCAUCGAUAUUUAUACAGACAUGGGAAGGUUCACCAUCGCUGCAAAGCAUCACAUGACUAUUGCAGAGAUCUAUGAAUCCGAGCUAGUGGAUAUCGAAAAGGCCAUCGCCCAUUACGAGCAGGCCGCAGACUAUUACAAAGGCGAAGAGUCAAACAGCUCUGCUAAUAAGUGUCUGCUGAAGGUGGGCUCGUACAGCGCUCAGCUCGAGCAGUAUCCCAAAGCCAUCGAGAUCUAUGAGCAGGUUGCAACCAGCACGAUGGACAACCCUCUGCUGAAAUACAACGCCAAAGAGUACUUCUGGAAAGCAGCUCUGUGCCACUUCAUAGUGGAUGAGUUAAACGCAAAGCUUGCCAUUGAAAAGUAUGAAGGGAUGUUUCCGGCAUUCUCUGAUUCAAGAGAGUGUAAGCUGUUGAAAAAACUGUUGGAGGCUCAUGAGGAGCAGAACAGUGAGGCGUUCACUGAAGCCGUGAAGGAGUUUGAUUCGAUCUCCCGCCUCGACCAAUGGCAGACCACCAUGUUGCUGCGUAUCAAGAAAACCAUCCAGGGUGAUGCCGGCGACCUCAAGUGAUGUGUCCAAGAAAAAUACUGUG